GAAUCAGUGGCACCCACUUAUUUGUUUUCAGAGCAGCAGCUCUUUGUGCUACUGCUUUGAAUGUUCUUAACCAAACUUAGAGGGCAAUACCCCACCCUUCCUCACCUCCUGUGCUAUAGCUGCUUUCUGAGCUGAGGUUUGCCUGCAGCACAGGGGUGCGCACCAAAGCCUAAUUGUAUCUUCUUUUCUCUCCCUUCCCUUAUGCAUCGAUGGAAGCUUCUUCAAGGGCAUGAACAGCAAAGGAGAAAUGUCACACGGAACAGCCACGAGCAGGUGGAUGGCUCUGGUAAUGGAACAGGAGCUAAUGAUGCACCUGUGGCUGAUGCAGCCCCUGCAGAAGAGGGAGCAGAGGAGGAGGCCACUGCAAGUUCAGAUGCCCAGCGAGGAGUUGUUAUAAGGUGUCCGAUUUGCAUGGAUGUUUACUCAGAGAUCAUGGAACAUGGACGACAGCUUGUGGCAACCAUGUGUGGCCAUGUCUUCUGUAGUCGGUGCCUCCCUAUUGCCCUGGAGACUGACGAGCUGUGCCCAACCUGCAGGGUGGACCUCACACUUUAUUAUGACCUGUAUCAUCCCAUUUAUUUAUGAGUGCUUCCACUUCUCAGGACAGACUCAGAUGGAUCCUGGAGAAUAGGCGAUGUAGAGACUUGUUUCUCCAUGUAUAUAGUUCUUCCUGUAUAUAGUU